ACCGCCAUUUUGUUUAUGCGCUUGUCUCUUGUCUAUAAUUUUCUCAAUAGAUCGUAUUUAUGGCAAGGAUUUUCCUGGAAUAUUAACGAGGGAGGUGGUAUGCUGCAAUGGAUUCUUGGUCAAGCCUCUGUCGAUGCUGUCUCUCACCGGAAUCGCAAGUGUCGUUUAAUAACGAAGAAUUAAAUGUGAAGCAGAAGUUUCAUGAAAUCACUACUAUACUGGUUAACGAGAAUGAUGGUUUGCCACAGCGGCUUUGUGAAGAGUGCUUUGCAGUUCUGAAUUCAGCCAGUCAGUUCAGAAGACAGUGCAUCAAGAUGGAUGCAGAACUCAAGCUCCAACUUGAAUCUUUACUUAAACAAACAAAUAAGAAAGACCAAGAACAAAACAUUCAAGAUGAAACUACAAAUUCAGAAGAAGAUUUUGCUAGCAACCCAAUAAAGCAACUGGAGUCAAUUAUGAAGAAAGAACCAACAGAUAGCGAUGAAGAUUAUUAUUAUGUACUUGUCAUUGAUGAUCCUAAAGAUAAAGAGAAGUUGAGCAAUGAACCAGAAAUGAUUACUAUAAAAGAAGAACUUAUACAAGACAUAACUGAAAAGGAACCAAUUAGAGACCAUAAUGAGGAUAGUCAAAAAAUGAACACAUUUGAAAAUUCUUAUGAAUCAUUUAUGAUAUCCAACAACAGGGUUCCUGUAAAUGUACCAGCUACUAUCCUCGAAAAUGAAGAAGAAAGUCCUGAGAAUGAAGAUUCACAAUUUGACAAUGUUAUGGACAUUGAUGAGAGUCAAGACAGCACUUCUCAAGACCAAAAUCUGCCACAUAUUGAGGAUUCAGAAGAUGCUUGUCUUGAGGUACAAGAAAUAACAGACAUUGUUAACACAUUGCCAGAGAAAAACAGCAUUAUUAAAAUUCUGACCACAGGUGCAGAUGGUACAAUUUUCUUAAAAGGAGAAGAUGGGAUUCAGUAUCUGACUACUGACACUCAACUGAUCACUAAUGAUGAUGAUGGGGAUCCCAUGGGUCAAGAAGAAGUAAUUUUCUGUGAAGGAGAUGAUACUUCACAGUUUCAAAUUCUCAAAUGUGACGGCUCAGAAUUAGUGAUUGAAUAUACUGAUAGUGACCAAAUAGCUACAGUACUUAAGCAGGAAGAUGGUUCAUUCUUAUGUGAUUGUGGAGAACAAUUUCAAGACCUAUCUGAAUAUGAGAAGCAUCAAUUUAAGCACAAUCCAGCUGGAGAACAUCUGUGCAACUUAUGUGGAAAAGGCUUUGAGUCCGCCGAGAUUCUUACUGGUCAUAUGUUACUACAUAAUGUAGCAGGAUUGCUGGUAACAUGUCCUUUCUGUCACCAAUUAAUCAGAAGAAAUGCUCUAACCCAACAUAUCAAAUAUGGACACAAUAACAUUAAACCAAAAUGUGACCUAUGCUCCAAAACAUUUGCCAAUCCGAACAAUUUGAAACGUCACAUGAUGAUCCAUUCUGGCAUCAGGGAAUUUGAGUGUGAUAUAUGCCUGAAACGUUUCCAUCAAAAGAUUACAAUGCAGACUCAUAGACUCACACACAUGAACCCGUUUGCUUGCAAUCAAUGUGAUAUGACAUUUGAAAAUAAAACUGCAAUACAAAGUCAUAAGGAAUCUGAUGAAUGCUCAAAAUCUAAAGUUAAGAAGGUGAAGGAAGAAUUGAUGAAGACAGUCAAGCAGGAAAUAACAACUAAUUUUGGGAAACUGCUGGGUUAUGCUUGCUCUCUGUGCAAGAAGAUGUUUUCACUUGAAACUGCUUUAGAGCAACAUGUGGAAAGCACUCACAUGGUUGAUCCAUCUGAAUUGCUCUGUUCUGAAUGUGGAGAAGUAUUGCCUUCUAAAAAGGAAAUGCAAAGUCAUAUGAUGAGCCACAAAAAUUACAGACAACGGAACGCCAAACGAUUUGAAUGUAGUGUCUGCAGAAAGAGUUGUUCAAGCCAAGCUAUGUUGAUUAUGCACGAACGAGUCCAUACAAAUGAGAGACCGUAUCCAUGCGCCUUGUGCUCACUCCGGUUCAAGACAAAAACCCACCUACGAACUCACCAACUCACACAUACAAGGGAAAAGAAAUUUGGUUGUUCAGUUUGUAUGAAAUUCUUUGCACUAAAAGGCAAUCUUGUUGUACAUCUUCGAACGCACACUGGUGAAAGACCAUAUGCAUGUACGUUAUGUGGAGAAGCUUUCAUAGAUUCCAAAUACCUCAAAAAACACAAAUUAAAGAAGCAUGCCAUUGACAAUGUUCCGUGGAAUCAAUAUUAGGGCCUUUUUUAAUUUGGUGUGUAAUAUUUUUGUUAUACAAUUAAGUUUUGUCUGCCUAAAGUUGUUGCGCGACGGGCUAACGUUAACUUUACACUGGAUGUGAAAAAAUAAUACCAUAUGUGUUCAUAAACAUGUUUUAUAACAAAGUGUGUACAUGUAAGACCAUAGAGUAUAAAGCAGAAUAGUGUAAAUGUACAAUUUACGCAGCCAUCGUGCCAGUUUUUGUGGCAAGACUUAUAAUAAUUUUUACCAACUCUAAUUUUUUAGCUUCUUUAGUCCCGAUCGCGGCCAAGUCUUUAGAGUUGGUAGCAAUAAUAAAUUAAUCAUUUAAUUUUAUUUACUUUGAAAACGUAUUUUUAUCCUUUAAUAAGGGCUACUAUCGGUCAUAACGCAUGUUUACCUUGUGUAAAUUUUUAGUUAUGGCUUCCAUUACACCUAUUUAUUUAUGGGCAGAAAAGGCUGACGAUGUUUUUUAUCCUAAGUAUGGUGGCUAUAUUUAAUUUCGACAUAAAUGUUUAUAUAGUCAUUCAAAGACAUAAGAUCUAACUCAAUAAUUUUACAAUACCUCUUAGCGCGUUUUUAGAAAGUUAAAGGUUAGAUUAGUUGACAGUUUGUGUUUUUUCAAGAGUUUGUGUUUUGUUUAUUUUAUUUAAUCUAUCACAUUAAUGUGAAUAAUUUAAUGAAUUGUCAACAUUUUAUAGCAA